AACUAUCAUUGUGCCCACAAAACGCUUGGUAUCAAAGACUCUAUAUCGGGUGGUUGAAAGAUGUUGUGAGGGUUGGACUGGUGAUGAUUGCAUGACAGGUAUGUUAUAGUGGACUGUGGAUGCAGUAUUCUGUAUGGACAGGUGUUAACUAUUGGUCAUACGGUAUCAAUACGGAAUAGCUAUUACGUCGUUUGUCAGUUAUCGCGGUAAGAAAUUUAUUUAUAUCAUUUGUCAGGGGAAAAUACAGGGAAAUGUUGGUUGUAUAGGCCUAGUAUACAGUGAGUAACGGCAAUCGCUCGCCCUAUACUAUAGGCAUGCAAUUAAUUCUUUAUUACUUGGCAAGUCCUUUCUAAUCUAGACUCGUCAUAGAUGAAAUAAACAGAUUGAAUUGUAUCAUUGUAUACAGUAAAAAUUGGAGUGUGACCCAAGAAAUAUUCUUCAUAAGUCACGGUUCUAUUAUGGCAAUUUUGUUAAUGGAAACAACUUGCGACGCCCCUAGCUUGCAAUAAUAUUUAUUUAUGGUGACUGAAUGUUCUCAAUCAUAACGUCUUCAUUAUAUAGCUACUGGUGAAGAACAAGGAAACAACUUUAAAAGACAAUCAAGUAAAUGAGCACUAUACAUUGAUUUAGGAUAAGAAAUAGAACUUCAAAAACUCAUUAAUAAUUCAUGAGGAAAACACAAAGAGAAAUCAUAAGCGUGUCGUGUCUUUAUAUGUGAUAAAACACGCUUCAAAUUUCAACUUGUAUUUUCUCAGCUAAUACAAAGUUAUUUUGGAAAAUUAUUUCGCCAAUGCCGUGAUCUAACUGAGACGUUUUUGAAGCUGUUUAAUAAACUAGUAGUUCCGCUACGCGUCGUGUUUUAUAUGUGAUAAAACACUCCUACUCGUUUAUUAAACAGUACUUGAACAUCGGGUUAAAAGACAUUAAAAUUAUCUUCCUUUUUAUAUUGUAUAUGUAAACCAACAAACUUUUAUUUUUCAUGUAAGCCCAAGAAACUACUUUGUUUUUUUCAUGUAAGCCCAAGAAACUCCAUGUAUAUGAUGGAAAGCUUAUGCUCUAAAAUUUUUUUCAAGGAGUCAAUCCAGGAAUAUGUCCAAGAUAUUCAAGCCCAGGACGUGUAGGAGUUUGUGCAGAUGAAUGCCAAACUGACGCAGAUUGUGGAAAGACCAAGAAGUGUUGCAGGUCAACAUGCAUAGGAUUGAAAUGCCUGUCACCAGCACGUAAGAUGUUUUCAGUAAAAUAAAUAUGCAGUAGAAUACAAUCAUAUAAUAAUCAAUAUAAGAAUAUAUCGCCCGAAAAUUUCAGAAAAUAUAAAUCUAGCUAAAGAUCAACAUCUUCAGAAAUGUACAGGGGUCGAAAACGUGCAGGAACGAAAUUAAAUUACGUAAUUUUAUAUUUUGAAUCGACAUAUACUGUAAAAUAAGAUCACAUCUUGCAAGAUCUCGGAUGCUAGAGUGUCUUGCGAAAAUACAACUAAUAUUAGGUGUGUUGAUAUGAAUUUGGAAGAUCGUCUGAUCGAUAAAAACCUACUGAGUACUGUGUCCGGAUUUUAGGUAAAACCCUCUCUAAAUGUCGGCACAUAAUGGUUACCUAAAGUAAGAGUAAAAAUAAAAUAAACACCAUUAUCCCAUACCUGUGCUAAAAGCGGCUUUCUGAUUGGUUCCGUGAGCAGGAGAGUUAUUUCGAACUAUUCUGCCCUUCGCCACACUUAUGCACCCGCGAUAAAACUUCUUACGUUGCCGUCCGCGUCAAUAACAAAGGCGGGCAAGAUUUAGCUGAUAAACAUAAAAUUUAAAGAACUUUUUUCGGUAACUCACCUGCUGAAACUGAAGAAAACCAAAGAAAAAAUGCGAUGUUUAAUGUUUAAUUAUAUAUAUUUUUGUACAUUCUCCCAGAAAGUACUUAAAACUAGUUAUUUCAUUAACUAUAUUAACCCCAGUUAUAUCACGUUAAUAUUUUCAACAGCGUGUAAAUGUCUUAAUGGAGGAAUUUGUGACGCAAACUUUCGCUGUGUUUGCCCUAUUGGAUUUUCUGGCAACAGUUGUGAGUUUGGUAAGUACUAUGUAGUUGUCCUGUCAGGUCUUUCACAUAAUUAGCGCAAAAAUAUUUGCCAAAUUUUUGCAUUAAAUUGGUCAUUUUAAUUAUAACAAGACGCUCUGUGGAGCGUUAACUCGCUGGGGCUAUACAACUGACACACAUUACUGUUAAGAUCUAAAGGCUGAUUUCGGUAAUUGUUCCAUGUUUUGCGCACCAAUAUAGUAAACGUUAUGUAAUGGAUAUUAUAGUGUCCUGAAAAGUUUACUAGAUACCUCCAUACACAUAUAACACACCCUAACCCUAACCCCAACCCUAAACCUAACCCUAACCUAACCCUAAUACCUAACCCCUAACCUAUAUUGGUGCGCGAAACAUGGAAUGAUAACUCUGAUUUCCACUGAUGCGUUUUUCGUACGGACGUACACGCACGUAAAACUUUGAAUCCUUCUAUUUUUUAAAUAUUUCACAAAUAAGUUAACAAAUGGAUACUAAAACUUGCGGAACACUACAUUCUGUUGCUUUAUUUAUUUGGUUAUUUUAUAAGGAACAUUUAAACGGAUUUAAAGUUUUACGUGCGUAUAUGUACGUACGAAAAACGCAACAGUGGAAAUCAGCGGAACACUAAAUUCUGCUGCUUUAUUUAUGCCCACAAGUAAAGUUAUAUUUUAUAGUACGCUACAUUCUUCUGUCGGCCGCCAGUUUAAAACGUUCAAAAUAAAAUAUUUGGGGGCUUUUGGGCUCAAAAUAUUAUCAAAAUGAAGAGAGAAGUGAGACGAAUCCACUGGUGUACGGCCGAAAAAGAGAAAACUAAUGAUACCAAAGUUAGGGAAGCCUCACAUAUCGAUUUUUUCCACGAGAAACGUCAUAUGUUCGUUUGGGGGUGGGGGGGUUGGCAGCUGUGACGUUUCUCUGUAAACAUCAUGGAAAAUUUCGAUAGUUUUUAUCUUUGCAGAAUAUAAAAAAGAAAACAAUUUGAUACAAACAACAGUCUAUAUUCGUAAUACCAUACCUGUUCUAUAUACCUAUACAUUUAUAUUAUUACGCCUUCCUUGCAUUGAAAACACUCAAAUUUCAAGAACAACGUGCUAAAAUUAUCAAUAUUUCAUGCAAAAAAGUUGUUUUGAGAAACGUUGGAAAUUUUGAAGUUCAUAUAUAUAUUAAUAAAAAAAGAGUAUGUCAGCAGAAGAUGACAUAUUCCUCGCGGAAGCAUCGCCAAUAGCCGACCGAAAAAAACAGUAGAAACUUACCUUAUGUGUACUCAUAGUGUACUGUAUUAAAGAACAAAAUAUCGAUAACUGUGUGUGACGUUUCUAAGGGGGGGGGGGUUUCCAGAGAAACGAACAUAUGACGUUUCUCAUGGACAAAAUCGAUAUGUGAGGCUUCCCUUAUCAAGGAUCAAACGUACUGCAUCUUUCAGCGAUUUGUCAAAUAAUACAAUUUCGCUUGGCUUUCAAAGACAAAGUCAAAGGCCAUAAAUCGCUAGAAUACUGUUGUCAGUUGUUUAGUAAUACAUUUGACAUUUGUAUAGGUACAAUUUCUCAUCCGUAAGUACAAUUUCUUACGCUGAAUCGAACGGUGGUAUUUUUAUUCUUAUUGCGCCAUUAAUUAGGCAAUACAAAUUGUCAAAUACAAGGACAAACGUACUGCGAGUGAUUUGAUGUCAACACUACAAUUUCGCUUGAUUUUCAAAGGCCAUAAAUCGCUAGAAUACUGUUAGUAAUACAUUUGACAUCCGUAAGUACAAUUUCUUAGUUACAUUGAAUCGAACGGUGGUAUUUUUAUCCUUAUUGCGCCAUUAAAGCCUGAUUUCCACUUGGCGGAAUUUUGCGCGCGCAGCGGAAAUUUUCUUUGUCUUUUCUAAUUAGUUCCACCUGAGGAAUCACAAGACAAAGAAAAAUUCCGCUCCGCGCGCAAAAUUCCGCCUAGUGGAAAUCAGGCUUAAGAGGCAUUACAAAUACAAUAUCAUAUUUCACACUGAGUACACUACAGACAGUUUUCAUGGACUGUUGUUCGAUAAAUUUUAUAUUGAUAUGACACCAAUAUGCUUCUCAUAAAGUAGUUAUAACUUAAACUGCACAACAUAGUUUUAAUAAAUAACCUUUUACCUUGAAAUUGUCUUUGGCUCCUUUAAUAUAUUCAGAUUCAGUAUAUAUUAGGGACCGUUCAUUAUUUAUACCAGGGGUUGGUACCGAAGAGAUAUGGGUUGGGUAAUCAAGUUUUUGACUAGCUCAUGGGUUGGGUAGAAAAAAUUAUGGCUGUCUGUCAGCUAUAAAAUCAAAUAAAAUUACCAUGCAUUGGAAAAUCUGAAGAAAAAUGUACAAUUAACAUUCUGUACCAAAAUAGACCAUCUGUGAUAGAGGAAGGACUCUAUCAUUGAUCAGCAGGAACGUGAUUGCUUUGGCACACUCAGUGAGUGUGAGUCUGAGUGAGCUUUUAGAAUUUAGGCAACUUGAUUUCUGUCACCAUAAUCUCGUGUGUUUAAUUAUUAUGAAGUGCAGUAACACAUGGGUUGGGUAAACAUUAUUUUGACCAAUGUUGAGGUUGGGUAAAUAAAAAAUUUACACUGUUUUUCGCUUCUCUUCGGUACCAACCCUGGGUAUAAAUAAUGAACGGUCCCUUAUGAUCGUGCACGGGAAUUCAACGAUCCAAAUUUCGGAUUUUCAGAGUCGUGCACCAAGAAAAACGCAUUAAAUAAACUAGCAUGAAUGUCCAGAGUUAGACACAAUGCAAAAUCCAUAGAAAACCGGUACAAUUCGGGCAAAAUUUUCACGAAAUGCGGCCCGUAAUUGUUUGAAACAUUUUGCCCACUCCACGAAAGGCCCCGCCAUUUUGAAAAGGAUCAAGCAGCUCAUUAAUAUUCUAUUUUGUGGCUAUCGACGAUUGGAGAUGGAGAAUGCUGCCGAAACCUAUACUCGCUAGGGCACAAGUGCCCCUGCGAGUAAUAAUUAUAAAUAAAGCGUGUUGCUGACCUUGCUGGCACAAUCCACAAUUCCUGCAAUAGACCUUUGCAUUUAUUACCCGUUCUAAUCCCUAUUACACGUCAGGAGAUGAGUGCACUCAGGAUAACUAUUUUAAGUAUGAUUGAAUCUAUUUCUUCUGCUAAUCCUAUAAAAAGAUUACCCUUGGAAUGUCCAAAAUCCAUUUACAGCCGGCAAUUUGAUAAAAGUAUAUAUAAAAAAUAAGGGGCUUUUUAGAUAAUCUUGCAUGGUUUGCAGGAACGGGUGGAAGGUGAGAUGAUUGAAAUAGGCUAUCUUUAAAACAGGGAACGGGGAAUCGGGGAAUCAGGGAAUCGGGGAAUCCGAUAAAAAUUUUAUAAAAAUUUAAAUAAAAUUUUUAUUCAAUUUACAAUUUAUGCAAUAAAAGAAAAUGAAGCUUAAUCGAAAGUUUGACGUCACACCAAAAUUGCAGGACACGAUUCGUGAAAAAACCCCAGUUUAAUUAACUUUUAAACGGGCAUUUAAUGUAAACUUCACGCAGGAUAUAAACUAAAGCGAAUGUGUAAUAGCCAUGAUUGCGCUAAAUAAAAUAGUUUCGGUAUGCAUUGUCGCCAUUUUUUGUUGGCACUUACAUGUAAUAUAAUAUUUCACUGUAAUAAUAGUUGUCACGACAGAACAGGGUUUCCACACAAAAUGUGCAGUUCUAAACCCAUUUGUGCAGUUCUUAAAACACAAAUAUGCAGUCAUCACACUUACAAAAAUAGCCUUAAUUAAAACAGUCUUCUCAUUUACUCGUUACCCUUGUGGAUGCUCCAGAAAAUUCCAAAAAUGCUGUUAUUAUUAAUUGAGCAUCAAAAAUAUGAACGUUUUCUGGGGGAGGACUCCAGACCCCCUAUUUUCCUCACAAAUCAUUUAUGUCCUCGGGUAAUGGAACAGAAGGUAAAAUUGGGGCGAGCGAAGCUCCCCAAAAGAGAUUAAAGUGGGAGAACCUAAUAUUCUUUGCUGCCUCAAAUGCAAAUUUAAGGUUGUUAUAUAUUGAAUAUCAAUGAUUCCCAGUUACAUGUUUUGAAACAGUUUUUGUGAGUGCAUGGUUGGGUAAAAAAAAUCUUUGCCAGAACUUAAGAGCCUCUAGAUUCAAAUUGUUUUGUGGAACACCCUCUAGUUCCCUCACCCAAAAUCGAGUUUGUCUGGCCUUUCUCUAAUUCUCCCACCCAACCACACCAUUAUUCUGCCAAACACCCGUUGCCUUCGUAACAUCUCUAUUAUGUGCAGUUCUAAAUUUUUCUUAAAAUAAACCGUGCGACAGAAAACAUAUAUGUAAACGAACUUUGCAUGCACAUUGACGUUUUAAAACCAAUCGAUCGAAUAAAAGAUUCGUGGUUAGACCUUGCCAUUGCAAAUAACCAAUAGUUAACGCGUUUAUCAAUAUAUAUAACUAUGAAAUACAGGCUUUUUAUAAGUUUAUUUUAUCUUAAUAUACAAAUUAAUACCCACUUCCCAAACAACGCCGACUUCGGUAGUGGCGACUUCCGAUACGCUCGCCCAGGGACGUAGCGACUGGGGGGAGGAGGGGGUAAAUCGCCCCAACUGUGAAACUCAGGUAAAAAUCAGGUAAAAUUCAAGUUAAAAUCAGUUUGAGAUUUCAGGUAAAAUUUGCGUAAUAAAGUCGUUAUUUUCGUGAAAUUAAUGAUAACCAUUUUUGUAAAAUACAGUGAAUUUGAUCCAAUUCGUUUGCGAAUUUGUUUUAGAAAACGCCAGAAAAGCAGUCCUGUAGCUUGAAAAAUGUAAAAAUUUUCAGGGGGAGGACUCCCCAGACCCCCUUCUUCGGAAACUUAGUAUGACAGUGGAAAUCAAUGGAAAAAAUUAUCUAUUAUAAUUAAUGCAUUUCAGGUAAAUUCUUAGCAUUGAAGUUCAAAUUUCAGGUAAAAUCCUCCGACACUCCCCAACUUCAGAUGCUUCGCUACGUGCCUGAGCAUGAAAUGCAAUGAAAUAUCAUAUUACAUCAUGAAUGUCAGCAGGAAAAAGCGACUUGCAAACGUGUUACCGCUAUUAUAUUUGACAAUCGCAAUCACAAUCAAAGCAAUGAAAUAUUAUACUACAUGUAAGUGCCAACAAAAAAUGGCGACAAUGCAUACCGAAACUCUUUAAUUUAGCGCAAUCAUGGCUAUUACACAUUCGCUUUAGUUUAUAUCCUGCGUGAAGUUUACAUUAAAUGCCCGUUUAAAAGUAUUAAACUGGGUUUUUUUCACGACUUCGUGUCCUGCAAUAUUGGUGUGACGUCAAACUUUCGAUUAAGCUUCAUUUUCUUUUAUUGCAUAAAUUAUAAAUUGAAUAAAAUUUUUAUUUAAAUUUUUAUAAAAUUUUUAUCGGAUUCCCUGAUUCCCGGAUUCCCCGAUUCCCUGAUUCCCCGAUUCCUGGAUUCCCCCGAUUCCUCGAUUCCCGGAUUCCCCGAUUCCCCGUUCCCUGUUUUAAAGAUAGCCGAUUGAAAUAAAUCGAAAGUUCAAACGCCGAUUAAAAUAAUUCAAAUGUUUUGGAGAAGACCUCGCAGUUUAAGAAGAUUAUUCUUGCUGCUUGAACAACCUGUCGUGUGUAUACAAUUAUACUACUAUUCUAUCUAUAGAUAAAUAAUGUAGUUUUGCUGAAUCGUGCAUCGUAACACUUUUCAAUCAUCCCGCCUCACAUAUCGUCUCGGUAAAGCGGGAUCAUGUAAACUGUCACUAAAACACGGCAUUUUGCAAAUCCAAGAUAUGAAUUAAGAUCAUGACAAAAAUUUUAUGGUUUUUUUACCAUUGAUUUUAAUCCAUAUCUUGGUCUUGGAUUUGCAAGAUUCAUUUCAUCGGAAUUUGUUUUAUUUUAUAGUCUAAUUAGAGUGUGGUUAUGAGGAGUAGAUACUCGCAACUACACGAAUAAGGAACUGUUGUAGAAUUAAUAUGUUGCAAUGACUUCUUUGAUACAAUAAUUUUAUUGUACAACGGAAAACGACUGCAUUUCAUUUUAGAAACUUUGCUUUUCGAUCAAAUUUGAAUCUUACUGUAGUUCUAAAAUAGAAGAAAAUAACGUAAAUUGUAUUUUGCUUUUAGGUAUCAGAAAAGCACGAGACAGUUGUGUAAAGCAGAACAUCGUGAUCAAGUAUGGGACCGUAUCAUCCGAUACCCUGACACUUAAUGUUUCCAAGGCUAGAGCUAUCAUGCAGCAACUUGUUGAUAUCGGGAAAAAAGAAUUAAAUAGUAAAUGUAGAUCAAAAGCGACACUUAGACUUGGGACUGUACAGGUAUCUGAGUCAUCAGGCUACACGAUCGAAGCAUCGUUGGAAUAUUUAGUAUAUGCAGGGUACAGACGUUGGAAUUUCGCCACGUGUGUUGCGAAUGCUAAUCUAUUUCAAGAUAUAGUUAAUGACCCUAAGAAAGCUCCCGCUAUUCAAGGGCAGUAUUCGUCGUAUGGAGCAACAAACGUCACUAAAGGUUCUAGUGGUUUAAGUGUCGCAUCAACUUGCUGUAAUCCUGGCUCGGUUGUUAACAGAGGAUCUUGCCGUACGUUUUACUUUAUUUAUCAAGCCAACAGCAACAACAACAACAGCAACAGCAGAAGUAACAGCAACAGCAGCAGCAACAACAACAACAACAACAACAAGCAACGGCAACAACAACAACGGCAGCAACAGCAACAACAGCAACAACAACAACAACAACAACAACGGCAACAACAACAACGGCAACAACAACAACAACGGCAACAACAACAACGGCAACGACAACAACAACGACGACAACAACGACAACAACAACGACGACGACGACGACGACGACGACAACGAAAACAACGAAAACGACGACGACAGCAACAAGCACCUAAAGCCAAUGAAUAGCUAUAAAUGUGAAUAAAAUAAUUAAAAAUAGUAAUUAUAAUUCUGUAUUCUGAUUGGUCGAAAGCCGUGUUUGGAUCAGGCCAUCCAAACACGGAAGACUACCGUGUUGUUGUUAUUUUAUAAAACAUUUACUUUAUGGUUUCCGUGUUUGGAUGGCCUGAUCCAAACACUUGGGAAUGUUGCUCGAGUUAAGAAAAGCGGGCAAAAUCACUCGCCUUCGGCUCGUGAUUUCGCGCGCUUUUCUUAACUCUCGCAACAUUCCCGCGUGUUUGGAUCAGGCCAUCCAAACACGGAAACCAUAAAGUAAUUGUAUAAUGAUGCAGCGGUCAUCCAAGUUUAGUACGAGUUUGCAUAAUUCUAAAUAUAUUUUACCUUAACAGAACAAUGCAACGCUCAGUUUUAUCACGAUAAAAAUCAAGACAAGUGUAUUGAAUGCCCAGGCAAUACAUACCAACCU